AAGACUGAACUGGCCCGGUGGUUGGCGGCUCUGGACCCAGGCAGUCGGCGGCUUCACAGACCGGGUUGUAAUGAACCUCCGCGGACUAAACUUUCACCAGCCGUCCGAACCGUGAGCCUCCUGGAAGUUUAAACUUUGCUUCAAACUUUCGGCGGGUCUGACCUCGUUAUCUCGUCGGUGUAGCUGGCCUGUUAACCGAGGCGUCCGUCCCCACAUGUCCCUGCCUUGAUCCUGCUCGUUUACCAAACAACCAGGUGAGCCAGCAGGCCGACUGCUUUCCCCCCGCCCCCCGGAGACGAGCGCAGGUAGCGGGGUUAGUUUACCUUUACGCACGGACCUCUUUUUUUUGUCGUUUCUUCCUUCGCCCCACGGUUCUCCCGUAGCCGACGGACGACAGAACAGAACCGGGGAGCCGCCGAGCACCAGGACGGUCAUGGAUCUACGGAGAGAGAGCGAGACCCGGCGGAGGGAAGGCGGCGGACACCCCGCAGCGACGACCAGGAGAAAAGCACCGGUGGAUACGAUGUACCUCGUCGGUAUGAUCUGCCUCCAAGUUCUGGCCAUCCAGGCCGCUGCCAUCCAGUUCACGAAGGAGCCCAAGUCCCAGGAUGCCUUGCACGGUCGCAGCGCCAUGCUACGCUGCGAGGUCAGCGAUCCGGCUGACAUCAGUUACGCCUGGCUUCACAACGGCCAGCGCCUGCAGAACAGCGAAAGGCGCUUCCUGGAGGGCAGCAACCUCAAGUUCACCGCCGUGGAUCGGCAGCUGGACGCAGGAAACUUUAAGUGCGUCGCAGAAAACGCGGCCACGGGAGAGUUUCUCCGCUCCACCAAUGCCUCCUUCAAUAUCAAGUGGUUGGAAAGUGGUGGUGUGACUUUAAAGGAGCCCGCCUCGGAAGGGGAGAUCGAGAGCUCUGCGCCGGUCACGUUGCGCUGUCAUAUUGACGGACACCCACGGCCGACGUGCCAGUGGUUCAAGGACGGGGUGAAGCUGACAGAGAAGAGCCACCAGAUCAACAACAAGGAGAGGACACUCAACUUCACGAGUGCCAGUCCGGACGACAACGGCCUGUACUACUGCUGCGCCAAGAAUGCAGCCGGGCACGUCUGCAGCAACACCAACUUCACACUCAACAUUAUAGAUAAGAGUUUUCCACGGCCGGUGGUCAUCCCCGAGGACCAGGUGGUGUUAAAGAACGAAGAGGCCUCGCUCCACUGCCAGUUCACCGCCGUGCCGGCCCCCACGUUGGAGUGGUACCACCAAAACGAGCUGCUGGCGAACAAGUCUCGUCUGUUCCUGUUAUCCAACGGCACACUGCUGAUCACCCAGGUCAAGCCCAGGAACACAGGGACCUACAAGUGUGUCGGCCGUGGCCUCAGAGGGUCCCAUGUUACACUGGAGGCCUCCCUCCUCAUAGCUGAGAUAGACGAGAUGGUGCCCAAGAUGUCGAAGGUUUUCACAGCGGACACCCUGCAGCGGGUAGCCUGUCGUCCCCCACGUGGCAAACCUGAGCCCCAGGUCUGGUGGGAGAGAGGAGGUCAGCGGGUACCCACGGAGGGCAGAGUGUACCAGGAUGGCCUGGAUCUGGUCUUCAGUCCUACAGAGGAAGGAGACUCAGGCACCUACACCUGCGUGGCCCAGAACAGGGCAGGACGCAGGACACAGGAGGUCACCUUCACUGUGGCCACUGCCCCGGUGUGGGUGACGAGGCCUCAGGACAGCCACCUAGAGGAGGGUAAACCAGGUUACCUUCACUGUCACGCUCAGGCCAACCCUGAACCUGAGGUCACAUGGCUCCGCAACCACAUCAUGAUCACACCAGAGGACUCUCGAUAUAAGCUGUUCUCUAACGGCACCCUCAAGAUCAACAAUGUGGAGGUGUACGACGGACUAGUGUACGGCUGUGAAACCAGGACUGUAGGCGGCCGACUGACUGGGCAAGCUAGAGUUAUUGUACUUGAGAAGCUGAAGUUCACCCCGACCCCCCAGCCUUCCCAGUGCCUGGAGCUGGAUAACGAGAUCACCAUCCAGUGCUCUGCUAAAGGCAGAGAGAGACCAACCAUCCGCUGGACCAAAGCAGACGGAGGAGAGCUGCCGCCCCGGGUGGAGACGAGGAACGGCCAGCUCCACUUCACCAAAGUCACCCGCAGCGACGCCGGCAACUACACCUGCAUCGCCUCCAACAGCCUCCAGGGGGAGAUCAGGGCCCUGGUGAGCCUCAUCGUGGCAGUGUACAUUGACUUUAAGGUGCAACCAGAGACCACAACGGUGUACCAAGGACACACAGCCAUCCUGCACUGUCAGGCCACCGGCGACCCCGAACCUCACAUCCACUGGAUGGUCAAAGACAAGACGCUGGACAUCAGUAAGAACAGGAGGAUACAGAAGAUGCCCAAUGGCUCCUUGGUGAUUUCAGACGUUACUACAGAUGACACAGGCAGAUACACAUGUGUGGCCGGAAACAGCUGCAGCAUCAAAGACCUCGUGGCUCAGCUGUAUGUCGUGGAAAAACCAGUGCCAUCCUUUGAUGAUGACUUGGACAAAGCGCCCUACAAGAUGAUCCAAACCAUCGGCCUGUCAGUGGGGGCAGCUGUGGCUUACAUCAUUGUAGUGCUUGGACUCAUGUUCUACUGCAAAAAGAGACGCCACGCCAAGAGACUGCAGAAAGGCCAGGACGGAGAGGAGCCGGAGAUGGAGUGUCUGAAUGGAGGAGCCGUUCAACAAAAUGGCCACACGACCGCCGAGAUCCAAGAAGAGGUGGCACUCACCAACAUGGGUACCAUGGCAACAACCGAGAAACGCCACAGCCAUGUCAACAACGAUAAGCUCCACUUUCCUCGAGCAAACCUACAAACCAUCACUACUUUAGGCAAAGGGGAGUUUGGUGAGGUGCUGCUGUGCAAAGCUAAGGGCAUCGAGGAGAGCGAGGAGGAGACGGUGGUGUUGGUGAAGAGCCUGCAGACCAGAGAUGAGCAGCUCCAGCUCGACUUCCGCCGCGAAGCCGAAAUGUUCGCAAAGCUCAGCCACCCCAAUGUCGCCCGCCUGUUGGGCCUGUGCAGGGAGGCGGAGCCCCACUACACCAUCCUAGAGUACUAUGACCUGGGAGACUUAAAGCAAUUCCUGAGAAUUUCCAAAAGCAAAGAUGACAAAGUCAAAUCUCAGCCCAUCAGCACCAAGACCAAAGUUUCCAUCUGUGCCCAGGUGGCUCAUGGGAUGGAGCAUCUGUCCAAUCACCGCUUCGUUCACAAAGACCUAGCCGCCCGAAACUGCCUGAUCAACAGUCAGAGACGCAUUAAGUUGUCGUCGCUCAGCCUCAGCAAGGACGUCUACAACAGUGAGUACUAUCACUACAGACAGGCAUGGAUCCCGCUGCGCUGGCUCCCGUCAGAGUCUGUGUUUGAAGACGACUUCUCCACCAAGUCUGAUGUGUGGGCCUUUGGAGUGCUGAUGUGGGAAGUGUUCAGUCACGGGGAAAUGCCGUAUACCAAACUCAGUGAUGACGAGGUGCUGGAAGGUCUGAAGACAGGAAAGCUGAAGCUGCCAGUUCCAGAUGGAUGCCCCUCCAAGAUCUACAAGCUCAUGGUCCGCUGCCAAGCGAUAAGCCUCAAAGAGCGCCCCUCCUUCACUGAAAUCGUCCACGCCCUGGGAGACCUGCCCUCUGACAGCAAAGUCUGAGACGCCCAUGACCCCACAUCAGAGGGGAACUUUGACCAACCCCCCUUUCUCCAAAAUAAAGACAGGAAUGCUGGAUUAUUAGUCUCAAACAUUUCAGGGAAGAGGGUUGAGGAGGAGACACUUUUUUUUUUAUAUAUGCAUUUCAAACUGCGUGUGUGUGGAUAAGACUUCUUUGGUACAUCAGUGGAACGUUUUUUGUGAAUGGGCUUCUUGUGAGCAGUGCCAGGAGUUUACGUUUGCCUUAACCGCAGCAUGGAUGACCCUUCUCGUGAGUCCCCGUCUGUGGUUCCACUGUGACCCUGCCUGCCCAUUCUGUGAGCGCUCUCUCCCUGAGACACUUUGUUUCACAGAGCCUCACAACCUCAGUGCCUCUAGCCCUCCACACACACACACACACACACACACACACACACACACACACACACACACACACACACACACACACACACACACACACACUCACCCAGUAUGUUACAGUGCUCUCACAAGCUCAGAUCAAUAGGAACUAUUCGUCGGAAGUUUAGGAAAACGUUGGUUCACUGCUCCGUCAAGUCUGAAAAAAUAUUGAAGGGAAUUUGUGGAACCUAAUGUAAAUUCACUUGAGCAUUGAAGCUUCAACUACUUGGGAGUGUGUGGAGUGAGAUCGUUUAAACUGGUCUGCUUGAACGGAAAAUCCAAUCAGCUGCACUGGACUGUUCCCACGCUACAGUGUACGUUCAAAGAAGAAAUGGAAUAGGGUUUGCAUGAAGGUUCGUCUGUUACGCUUGUGAUUUGGGACGUGAUGAAACUUGUGGAAAAAGUCAUCUGUGUUAUGGUAACACUUCAGGAACAUGAAAAAAAGAUCAAGUUUAUAGCCAAGGAAUUUAUUGAAUAGAUGAUUGUGUGGGCUUUGUACGGUUUUAUGAGUGUGUUCUGUUCUUGUAUUAACUUUGAGGUGCUUGUUGGUCACAACCUAUGGGUGAGAACACCCAUUAUACCACAUUAUCAUGUUGCAGGCCUGCAGCCUAUCACUGUGUUUUAACCUGCGACAUCAUUUCUUCAGAGGUCCAAUCACAGUUUUCCUCCAGGUCCAAUUGUUUUGUGCAAUGCUGCAAAGUGGACCAUCACACCAGGCAAUGUGUACAUAAUGUAGAAGCCAUGCACUAACUUCACUUAAAAGAAUAUCCCUCUUUAUCUCUAUCAUGUUGUGUAGUAGGACAUGCAGGUGCCUGUUUAUUUAUGAUGAAGGUCCUGUCUUUUUUUUUAUAACUAUGUUCAUAACAGAAAAGGUACUUCUCUGAUGCUGUGUUCAUUCUCACUGUCCAUCUCGAUGUGCGUUCAGUCUGGAAACCAGCUGAAUACGCUAACACAGUACAAAGGAGGUCAAAAGAGUGACUGCUGGUCGCCAGUACUCAUUUAAGUGCCUGGUAAAUGAAGGAUAAUCUUAACUGUUUCCAAUUUUUUUUUUUUUUACAUUAUCUAAUCAAAUGCAAUGGCCUUUGUUUAUGAACUUGUUUUAUACAUUGUUUUUAGUGUAAUGUUUUGUUUUUAUGAAUGCUAGGCACUCACACCUAGACCUCUUUUUUUAAUCUGCUUCAGCAAAUGUUCACAGUAAUCACAGAUAUAUAUACAAAAGUAUACAUGCUGCUGUCAAUAAAGGUUCACAGUGUUUUUA